AUGGAACAGGAAAUGCCUGCUGCUCUUGCCCGGGCUGGUAGCCAGAUAGCUGCAGCUGUUGACGCCAUCGGCCAUGAUGGUGGCCAGCCUGCUGCUGCUGCUGUUGCCGCUGGGCAGCCAGGGAGGCAAGCCAUGAGGUGGACCACUGUCAUGUCCUCAUUUGUGCUUCGCCGCUUCUGCCUUCUCAUCUCCACUGGUGUUAGGACUGAUAAAGGCUUUAAGGAGGUCCACUUCAACCAAGUUGCCAGUGAUCUUCAAGAGUUCACUAGCAACAAGGUCACCGGACAGCAAGUGUACAAUCACUUAUGCAAAUGGAGGCAGAGGUGGAUGAGGGUGACAAAGCUUAGAGAGCUUAGUGGGUCCUUGUGGGAUGAGGAUAACUUCAUGAUAACUUUAGAAGAGGAGCACUACAAGGGGCAUGUCAAGGUAUAUCCCAGGGAUGCUGAUCUGCUUAACAAGCCAAUUGAGAACUACCAGCACAUGGAAGUUAUCUUUGGCACUGGGUGUGCCACUGGUAAAUUUGUCAUGGGCUCUAAUGAGGCUUUGGGCUCCCUCUCUGAUUUUACUAAGAGCUCUCUAAAGCAUCUGGAAGAUGACAUUGGCAAGCUGUUUGAAGAGGUGGGGAAAAAACAGGAAGGAGGUGGGGGUGGUAGUGGUUCUGUGGCUGGCAAUAAGAGGAAGAGAUCCUCUUUAAGUGACGAGGACAUCACUAUCAUGACUGGCAUGGCUGCUGCUGUUAACAAUGUAGCUGAUGCUAUUCGUGAGACCAAGGCGCAAGAUGAGCAUCCUGACCUAUACGAGGCUGUCAUGUUCAUGCCCGGCUUUAGCGAGGAGGCCCUGAUUAUGGUCUAUUCUCACCUUCUGGAUAACAGGGCUCAGGGGGGUGCUUUUGUCAAGAUGAAUCAGUCACAUCGUAUGCUGUGGCUGAAAACUUUCUUGGCCAAGCACUACUAUCCGCAGGUGGCCUAUUGCCAGUGGUUGUUGCUUCAACUUUUGGUGCCAUCUAUACUGAUGGCUGGUGCUUUUGUGGGGGUCAGGCUUGUGCUGUCGAGGUGCCUCCCAUUUAGGUUUGCUCUAAUAUUGCCAUAUCUAUUGCUGGCUUCAUUUAUGGGCUGA